AUGCGGUUAAGAAGUAGGAAGAGGGAGCGACCGCUCUCAGCGAAAAGUACUAAAAGAGUGACUAAUUUGAAGCCAAAACCACUCGAGAAACCAUUACUUAAAGCCAAGUCUACUUGGAAAAAGAUUUUGAGUGGAGAAAAUGGUCUAUCAUCUGGGCCAACUCUACAUUGUAUUACUAGGUCUCAAAAGAAUUUAGACCUUAAAACUCGGCCAGUCAGAAUUAAAGCAGCCAAAAGUAUGGAGAAACCAGUCGAAGUAAAGAAAUCUAAGCCAAAAGAUGAGGCAAAGAAGCCAAUUUUCCAAACAGUUGUGCGGAACACUACUAAGGAUAUGGUAACUUCAACAACAAAGCCCAAAACUAUAAAUGAUAAAGUACCACCCUCUAAAACCAAACUAAAAGAAGUCCGAACAACAAAAAGUGCCCAAUUGAGGCAAAGCUCUCUGAACCGAGAGCUGAGAAAAACUGAAUCUAUGUCAUCAGCUUUGAGCUCUCCGCGCAAAACCCGCAGAAUGGAUAAACCAGAUAAAUCAGCAUCGUUAAAUAGUUCACCAAUACGGAAAGUGAGACAGUUAGGUGUUCCAACAUUGAAAUGCAGCAAAAUUGCAGUUAGCUCAACCAAUGAGAGUCCUAAGAAGAAAAUAAGAUCAAAAGCACUAAUAGUUCCGGAACAAUCAUCUUGCUUUUCUGUAGACAAUGAUAUAACUAUGUAUGAGCCGCAUACAACAUUUGAGGAUUUCCUGACACCUAAAACAGAAGAAUCUGAUUCUGAUGGACAAGUGGAAUUAUCAGAGCUCUGCCUUCCUAACGACUGUCUCAACGACUUGAUGGCUAUAGCCGAGUGUGCAAGAUUAAUUAACAAUGAACUGUCAGAUGAUGAAGACAUAAACCUUUUAGCAGAUAAGGCAGCAAAAGUGAUGACAACAGAAAAAGAUGAUAAGAAGGUAAAGUCAGAUAAGAAGAUAAAGAGAAGGAAGUCAAGCAAUGAUCUAGAAAUGUACCAGCCAACUUCGACAACUGAUGAUUUAGAUGCGUGUGAGGGUUUUCUUAAUGGAGGAGAAAAAUAUGUUCAGCCCGACUUUGUAACAAUGUUAGAGCAAGACAGCUACGUCAGGGACGCAGAAUGUGAGAUAUCAUCUACAUGUGGGGAUACACAGGGGACAGCAAUAGAGAGCUUAGAAGCGUUAUCCGCCAGGAGCCCUAGCUCAGGGUUCUUGGCAGAGAUCAGUCAGAGCUUAGCCGCUGAAGCAGCAGGAUGGAGUGCUUCAGAUGCGGUAGUGGAUGAGAACUCGUUGAACUGUCACGAUGAGACCACACCAGAUAUUGAGGAGGAAGCCGCAGCAGUAAUCUCUUCUUGCAACACCCGAGUGGACUGCGAGCAAAUAUCGUCAUGGGCGGAUGCUUUCGAUCCGUAUCUAUUUAUUAAACAGCUACCGCCAUUGGAGACAGUCGCGACCGGUGCCUUGAGAGCCAGAUAUCCCGCACUGCCCUUGAAGACUAGAACCAGUCCGGACUUCAGUUUGGUGUUGGAUCUCGACGAGACGCUGGUACACUGCUCCUUGCAGGAACUCCCAGACGCCAGUUUCCACUUUCCAGUGCUGUUUCAAGAUUGUCGGUACACUGUGUUCGUACGCACGCGCCCUCACUUCGCAGAGUUCCUCUCGCGUGUGUCGCGUCUGUACGAGGUGAUCCUGUUCACGGCGAGCAAGCGCGUGUACGCCGACCGGCUGCUCAACCUGCUCGAUCCUUCGCGCCGGUGGAUUAAAUACCGAUUGUUCCGCGAGCACUGCCUGCUGGUCAACGGCAAUUAUGUGAAGGAUUUAUCUAUUUUGGGCAGAGAUUUGCGUAAGACGGUCAUCGUGGAUAACAGCCCACAGGCUUUCGGCUAUCAACUGGAGAAUGGUAUACCGAUAGAUAGUUGGUUCAUGGACAGAAGUGACAACGAGCUGCUCAAACUGUUGCCGUUCCUCGAACAUUUGGCUACUAAAGACGACGUGCGGCCGUACAUACGGGAUAAAUACAAGCUUUUCAGCUAUCUGCCACCGGAC